AAUUCUAAAAAAUGUUCUCCGACUACAACUGCGGUCGAUAACCCUCCAUCAGUGUUCAGGCUUCUCAUUCUGUUAUACUUUUGACAUUGUCGCUAUCAAUUAAAUAAAACUCAAAGCAUAUUUAUCAAAAUGACCAAGGAUCAAGUCAAACCAGGAGAUGAGAAAGAGUACAAAACAUCAUGGACGGAUAGUAUUUAUAACUCGAGAACCGGAGAGUUUGUGGGUCGAACCGCACGUAGCUGGGGGCUCAUUAUCCUCUUCUACCUGGUGUUUUAUGCAUUCCUGGCUGGAUUUUUUUGUCUCACAAUGUGGGCGAUGCUGCAGACUCUUAGUGACGAUGUUCCAAAAUACAGGGACAGAGUGCCCAGUCCAGGUCUGGUCAUCAGGCCAAAGUCACUGGACAUAGUUUACAACCGAUCGGAUGUUGCAAAUUAUGAUCAGUACAUUCAGCACCUGGAUUCCUUCCUACAGAGGUAUGAUGACGAGGAGCAGGCGUCCAAUGAGCUGUGCGCGCGUGGGGAGUACUUUAUGCAGGAAGCCCCUGAGGUUGAGAAGAAGGCCUGUCAAUUCCGAAGGAGUUCGCUCAGCCGCUGCUCUGGCCUCAGUGACGACAGCUACGGCUACGCUGAUGGCAAGCCCUGCGUCCUGGUGAAGAUGAACAGAAUAAUUGGCCUGUUACCUCGUGGAGAACCAUACCUCAACUGCACAGCCAAGGGUGUUGAUCCUCCGAGGAUACUAUACUACCCCAGUGCGGGAAGAUUUGAUAAAAUGUACUUCCCGUACUACGGCAAGAAAACCCAUGCAAGGUACGUCCAGCCCGUGGUUGCUGUGAAGUUGCAUCUGACCAAGGAGAACUACAACAAGGAGCUCACUAUCGAGUGCAAAGUUGAUGGGUCUGACCUUCGCAACAACGACGAACGGGACAAGUCCCUGGGCCGUGUGACAUUCCGGGUCCUGGUGACAGAGUAGCUUACAGCUCAGAGUGGAGAUAAUAUGCAUGGCACAUCCCCACACCCUUUUACCCUCCUCUCGACCUCGUUUCUGAUCUGUCCCUCGUGCAGGAGUGGACGGGUCAUUUGCAGAGGUGGAAAUUCCAGGUUAAGAGAGUUUGUCCUUAAUUAACCUUGAUUAACCUUGAUUAACCUUGAAUUAUUUUGUAGCAUAUGUUUGGAUUUGCCUGUUAUUGCCUGUAUUGGUAAGAUAGGAGUGUCCCCAUCUGUAUUUGAACUUUUCCUUCCCUUGGGCCUUGUCGUUAUCCCUUCGUACAAUGGCCGGGGGUCACACACACACACACACACACACACACACACACACACACACA